CUCGAAAAUCGUAAAACACACAAAGCGUAGGAAAAACAUAAUUAUGGCCACGCCGGCCAUGAUGAUCAUGAAGUAUCUCCAUCCAAUGUUUUCAGACUUCGUGCAAUGCGUAUAUGUCUCUUCGCACGUCAGAUUCCCGAGUAGCGGCCACGCUACCAGUGUUGCGAAAAACAUGGGCUAGCGCCCAAUCGAUGCCGAAAACCAUCAACAAGUACUGAUGACUCCCAGGCAAGAACUCCAGAGGAAUCGCGCUAUCGACAGGCAGAUUUCCUUCACAAGGUCACCUAUUAGUUUUGCAUAAGACUACGAAGAGUGAGACACGAUUCUAGCGCUCGAACAACGACACGGAGCGUUUCAGAAGGCUAGGUAGAAUACAGCUCACUAACUCUUUAUGAUCCAUCAGUCUUCUUGGUUUCUUUCGCUUUAACCUGUUCUCGAUCACGACUGAUGCCAUGGGUUCCCCUCAUCAUAUCGCAGGAUCCGCUUCUCGGCUCUUCCCAGAAGACAAAGCGUCUGCUGAGUACAAAGCCCUUUCCGUGAUCGCCGAGACGCUUGCACACCCCCAGCGGACACUUCUCAGUGCCUUCAUCCAACACGCCGUUGACCGGGAAUUUGCGUCUCGAUUUUUUCUCGAUGAGAUCUCUGGACAGAAGAAGGCUACCGUCUCAGAAUUUUUAGUUGACUGGGCUAGUCUUCUCAGAAAAGUACGCCCUGUUGCUUCCAAAGAUUUGGAGGAAUCGCUAAGGCGACAGAUAUGGCGAAGAGAUGGUGGCCAAUGUUGUAUCUCGAAAGUUCAACUUGGAAAAGACAACAAUGAGUAUCCUCUGUUUGUCUAUGUCUUGUCUCCUUUACUGUUUCAUGAUGGAGAUAUGGCUCAAAAUGGAAGGCUUUACAAUAUACUCGCAGCCUACAUUGGGGAGUUACAACUGCAAAACCUGGGCUCACUUGAAGAUCGAAACAUCGCCUCUUCCAGACCCGAUCUCUCUGAUCAAUUGAUGCUAUUAUCUCCGCGGAUGUAUGAGCAUUUUGCAAACGGGAGGCUCUCUUUUGAAAGCCGUCCGCUAGAACCUACGAAGGACUCAGCCCAGUAUUUCAUGAAAGUGAAUGAUUUCAUUCCUGUUAACCAAGUCGAACACUUUCGUUUCAUAACACUGGAAAACAAAGCUGUCGGUCUCGCGUCUCUCCCAAACGCCCAGCUUUUCGAAGUACAUCACCGAUUCGCAGAUGCUUUGGCAUGGCUAGAAGUAUUGGAACAUAUGAAGCCUACCCACCACUCGCCACACAACUUAAAAACACCAACCAUGGCUAGGUCUUCUGCGGAGGUGCCGUCGAAGAAAAGCUGGAUCCAAUGGUACAUUCAAACUGUAACCCAAAUCUUUCAAAGCCUCUGGAUUCAUACUCCGGUAUUCUUUCGAGCGUUUGCAUACAAGCGCCUGGCAUCGAUUGCAACUAGGCUCUACGGAUACACUGGUUCAGAACGGAUUCAUCGACUCCCUUUCAAUCUCUACUUGCGGGUGGGAAGUAGUCAUUGGGCAUCGAAGCACCAAGCAGAAUUCGAGUCGCUUCGGCUUGUGGAAAAGCACACGCAAGUCCCUGCGCCAAGAGGAAUUGAUGCUAUUCAGUACUCUGAUUCUUCCUUUCUCCUUAUGACGGGUCUUUCAGGGAAAGGCAUUGGGCUAAUGCUCGCCACCAUGACCGACGAACAAGUAGACGCAGUCGUACAAGAUCUCAAGGGAUACAUCGCUGAACUACGACACAUUCCCAACAAGACGGGCUCGGGAUUUCAAAUAUGUAACGCUCUAGGUGGUGGCAUCUUGGAUUGGCGUAUUGGUGAUUCUCAACGCAAAGAGCUGAGGUUUCAAGAUGAGACCGCUUUCAACAAAUGCUUGACACAUGACCUCCCUCUCAACGAAGACGCCUGGAAACAGAUUUCGAGACCACAUAGCGCGAGACACGAUAUUGUUUUCACGCAUGCGGACCUUAAUCUAAGGAAUAUACUUGUUGAUCGGAAUGGAAAGAUAUCCGGCAUAGUCGAUUGGGAGUGUGCGGGUUGGUUCCCAGAGUACUGGGAAUAUUCAAAGAUGCAUUUUACGGUACGACAUACCGCUCGAUGGAUUGCAGAUGUUGUUGACCAGGUUUUCCCUGGCUACCGGGACGAGUUGUAUGUAGAGGAUAUGCUUUCCAGCAUGGCCCCUUCCUGGUAGAGUCCUAUCUGUGCCUUUUUGAUUUCCAGAAGUAUCGAUAGUUUUGUAAACCACAAGGCGCUGUCUGCGCGUUGAAUCUUCGCGUGUUAUGCAGCGUCAAGAUACUCUAGGUCUUUUUU